AUGAUUGACAUUGAGGCAGUCAUUGGUGGAAUAAAAGUCUAUAUGACAUUUGUUUAUGGAGACCCUGUAUUAGAAAGAAGAGAUCUAGUUUGGGAGCGUCUUACGCGUUUCUCAACAACAAGAGAUGGACCUUGGUUCAUGAUUGGAGAUUUUAAUGAAAUAACAUGUCACAAUGAGAAGGAAGGAGGAAGGCGACGCACAGAUAGUUCUUUCCUUCCCUUCAAGCAGAUGCUUCACGAUUGUGGAAUGCUAGAAUUCCCUUUCACGGGGGACAUGCUCUCCUGGGUUGGGAAGAGAGCAGGAGGAUCUACUGUUCGAUGUCGCUUGGACAGAGCAGUAGGAAAUGCAGACUGGCAUGAAAAGUUUCCCCAUUCGACUGUGAAGUAUAUGAGGUUGUGGGGAUCGGAUCAUCGUCCGAUUCUUGCAGACAUUCUCAUAAAGCCAAUGAGAAGAUCAAAAAAGUUCAAAUUUGAUAAAAGAUGGCUGGAUAAUGAGGAACUAAGGCAAGUUAUCCUUGAAGGAUGGAAAUCUCCGGAUCUCCCUCCCAAUGCAACGAUUAUGGAACAUAUUUCCUGUUGCAGAAAAGCCUUGAGUGAAUGGCGGAGGCAACAUAAUGUCAACUCGGCGAAAUUAGUGGAGGAGCUUAAAGAAAAGGUGGAGGGCUUAUAUGCAGAUGAUAAUGCCACAACUGAAGAGAUUGCAGUAGCUUUGAAGGAUCUCUCUGAUGCUCUUAAAGCUGAAGAAAUGUUCUGGAAACAGAAAAGUCGGCAAAGAAGAGCAAGAAAUAAGAUCACACAGCUCUUAGAUGAGAAUGGAAAUAUUGUUGAGGAUGAGGAAGGACUAGUAGCCAUUGCUACUAGCUAUUUUAGACAGAUCUUUGAGUCGACAGAUCCUGAGGAUAUUGAAGAGGCGCUAGCUCAUGUACCAACCACGAUCACUGGUACAAUGAACGACAAUCUUACUGCUCCGGUCACUGAAUGGGAAGUCAAAUUAGCGCUCUUUGCUAUGCAUCCGGAAAAGGCCCCUGGGCCAGAUGGGAUGACUGCGCUUUUCUAUCAAAAAUUUUGGGAUAUAGUAAAGGAGGAUUUAACUCUUAUGGUUAAUAAAUUCCUUAUUGAGGGGACAAUGGCGAGUGGACUGAAUGACACAAAUAUAUGCCUCAUUCCGAAAACAACGAAGCCUAAUGCUAUGGCCCAAUUCAGACCCAUUAGUUUGUGUAACGUCAGCUAUAAGAUAAUCUCUAAAGUCUUAUGCGAGAGAUUGAAGAAAGUGUUACCAGGAUUGAUAUCGGAAACCCAGUCUGCCUUUGUGGCUGGGAGACAAAUUUCAGACAACAUCAUGAUCGCACAAGAGAUGUUUCAUGCUCUGAGAACUAAGCCUAAUGGACGCAAUAAAAGGAUGGCAAUCAAGACUGACAUGAGUAAAGCAUAUGAUAGGAUGGAAUGGUCUUUUAUUGAAGCUGUCAUGCGUAAGAUGGGUUUCUCAGAAACUUGGAGAGCCUGGAUAAUGCGAUGCAUUACCUCGGUGAAGUAUAAGGUCCUCAUGAAUGGAGAGCCCAGAGGAAACAUAGUUCCAGCUUCAGGCCAAUGCAUCAACUUUGAUAAAUCGUCCUUACUCUUUGCUAAGCGGAUUAAUGCGACACGUAGACAAGAUAUUAAAGAUGUGCUGGGAAUCCAAAAUGAAGGUGGAAUGGGAACGUAUCUAGGAAUCCCGGAAGACAUAAGUGGAUCUAAGUGCACACUUUUUGCGUUUCUAAAGGAUAAGCUGAUGCAUAGAGUGAAUGGAUGGACAGGCAGAUGGCUCUCAAAAGGAGGAAAGGAAGUGUUGAUUAAAUCCAUUCUGCUAGCUCUUCCGACAUAUGUAAUGUCUACUUUCCUGCUCCCUUUGGAGAUAUGUGAAAACCUUGCAAGUGCCAUUGCUAAAUUCUGGUGGAGUUCAAAUCCACCAAAAAGAGGACUACACUGGGCGAAAUGGGAGAAAGUCUGUUUACCAAGAGAAGAGGGUGGGAUUGGUUUUCGCAUGAUCCAUGAGUUCAAUUUGGCAUUAUUGGCAAAACAACUAUGGAGACUAGUUCAAUUCCCAGACUCUUUGGUCGCUCGGGUUUUAAGGGGAAGAUACUACAGGAUGAGUUCGCCACUUAGAGUAAUCUCUGCUAGUAGCCCAUCGUACGUGUGGUCUAGUAUUAGUGCUGCGCGAAAGCUGCUUCUGAAGGGAAUCAGACAGAAGAUACAUUCAGGCUAUGAUGUAAAGGUGUGGGAGGAUCCAUGGAUUCCAACGACCCCUGCGAGACCAGCUCUCCCUUUGGCGCCGGUGAUGCAUCCUAAUAUGCGAGUUAGUGAUUUCAUUGACCCGGAAACGAAAGAGUGGGAUGUUGGACUUUUGGAGAUGUAUGUCAACCCGGAGGAUAUACCGCUGAUAAGGAGUUUGGCCACAAGUUCGACACAUCGUCGGGAUACAUUCUGUUGGAACUAUACAAGGAAUGGCCAAUAUACGGUUAAAUCUGGAUAUUGGGUCGCCCAGAAUGAGCUAAAGAUAGAGGGGGAAAAGGAAGCCCUAGAACCGAGUAUCACAGAGCUUCAAGCCUUUGCUUGGAAGGUUAAAGCACCUACGAAGAUAUGUCAUCUUAUAUGGCAGCUGCUAUCUGGCCAUGUUGCAGUAACGAGGAAUCUAGCGAGACGCAAUAUGAGAUGUGAAAACUACUGCCCACGAUGUGGAGAGCUAGAAGAAUCUGUAACCCAUGCUAUUUUUGAGUGUCCACCGGCUCUACAGGUCUGGACCUUAGCAUCUACCCCGUCAAGUCCUGGCCUAUUUCCUGUAUCAAGCAUUUACGCAAAUAUGGAUUACCUAUUCUGGAGAAAAAACAACAUUAUCGAGCCGGAACAGGGCAAGGAUCCUUAUCCCUGGAUAAUUUGGUACAUUUGGAAGGCUAGGAAUGACAAACUUUUCAGAGGAAUAGAUAGAGAUCCUUUGGAGACAGUCCGACAUGCAGAGAGUGAAUGUCAGGCAUGGUUUAAUGCGAAUGAAGUGGUACAACCUAUGGUACAAGAAGUCAUUUCAGCGGAGAACAUUUGCUUGCUAGAUGGAUCUUGGACAGCCUCCGCUCAGUAUACUGGAUGUGGAUGGGCCUGGUUGGACAGUGGAGGAAACAUUCAACUGUUGGGGACAAGAAAUCUCAAUCGACAAGAAUCAGCUUUGCAUUCGGAGGUAGAGGCUCUGCGAUGGGCAAUGGAGAAUAUGCUGCAACACUCAACGUGCCAGAACUUUGGGACAGACUGUAAGGAGCUGAUAGCAAUGAUAAAGGAUCCUCAUGCAUGGCCCAGCUUUGCGACAGAAUUAGAAAGGAUAGAGACGCUGCUGAUUUGCUUUCCGGAUUUCAACAUCAUUCAUGUAAUGUUUGAAUGA